GGAUCAGCAUCAGUUUCAGCGUCUAGCUCGUCCAGUACAGUCGUAGUCGUAGCUAUCAAUACAAACAUGAAAUUCCUCAUUGUGUUCGCUUUGUGCGCCUGCGUGGCGGCCGAUGUUAGCCACCUGACCAGCUAUUUGCCACCUAGCCAGAGCUAUGCUGCCCCCAGCAACGAGUACCUGCCACCCGUGCAGCAGACAUACAGUGCGCCGGUCGUGCAGCAGACCUAUUCCGCUCCAGCUGUCUCCUACGCCGCACCCUCGGUUGGCUACUCGUCUGGUGGUGGCUCAUACUCGUCCGGUGGUGGCUCAUACUCGUCAGGCGGUGGCUCAUACUCGUCCGGCGGUGGAGGAUACUCGUCUGGUCUUGGCUCCGGCAUUGGUGGUGGAAUCUCGUCCGGUAUUGGCUCAUACUCCGGCGGCGGUGGAGGAUACUCGUCCGGUCUUGGCUCCGGCUUUGGUGGUGGAAUCUCGUCCGGUAUUGGCUCAUACUCCGGCGGCGGUGGUGGAUACUCGUCCGGUCUUGGCUCCGGCUUUGGUGGUGGAAUCUCGUCUGGUAUUGGCUCAUACUCCGGCGGCGGUGGAGGAUACUCGUCCGGCGGCUACAGUGCACCCACCAGCGAGUACUUGCCACCCGUGCAGCAGACCUAUUCCGCUCCAGCUGUCCAGCAGGUCUACUCUGCCCCAGCUGUGAGCUACUCUGCCCCAGCUGUCCAGCAGAGCUACUCUGCUCCAGCUUUCCAACAGACCUACUCCGCACCAGCUUACCAGCAGAGCUACAGCACUGGAUCCAGCUACUCCGGUGGUGAUGUUGGUACCCAGUAUGGCUCCAACGGCGGCUAUGUCUACAAGAAGAAGUAAGAUGCUGCAAACUGUUCACCAAAUCGAAUCAACAUAAUUGUGAUUGACAUCUGACAUGUUUUUUACAAUAUUUAUUAUAUGAUUUGUUUUUUUUUUUCAACCCCCCUU